AUGUCCGUUGUGGCGGCCGUGGGGCCCGGCGCCGCGGCGGCGGCGUCCUACGGGCACGGGCAGCCGCUGUGCGGCGGCGGCGGUGGCGGCGGGGCGAGGAAGAGGAAGGACGUGGGCGUGGUCCAGGACCAGGAGGCGGAGGCGGCGGGGGUGCGGGGUAGCGACCGCGGCACGGCGGCGCCGCGGCGUGCCGCUGGGCUGUUUGUGCUGGAGACGGUGGAGGAGGACGCGGACGCGGAGAGGUCGUCCAUCGGCGCGCCGUCCGAGGACGAGGAGGAGGACGGGGAAGAGGUGGACAGCGGCGGGACCGGGACGUCGUCAGCGGCGGGGAGGAAGGGCGGCGCGCUCGCGUGCAUGGACAUGGACGCCCUCGACGACGCACUCCCCAUCAAGAGGGGCCUGUCCAACUUCUUCUCCGGCAAGUCGCGGUCGUUCGCGAACCUGCAGGACGCGGCGUCGGCGGUGACCAGCGCCCGGGACCUGGCCAAGCCGGAGAACCCGUUCAACAAGCGGCGGCGGGUGCUGCGGUGCUGCUCCAUCCGGAGGGUCGCGUCCUCCUCUCUCACCGCGCUGCCGCCCUUCUUCCUGCCGCCCACCACGGACGGCAGCACCGGGGACGACGACGACGACGGCGCCGGCCGCCGCAGUGACUAG